AUGCGCCCCUCGCAGGACACCCUCCCCCCGAUCGUCUCCGAUAAGGUCCUGCAUCACGAAGAGCAUGAGACGGGCUCUCUACCUCCAGCAUCCGUCACUCUCUUACGGCAACGACGAAAACUUCACGUCAUCAAUCCAUUGUGGUACCGCAACAGUCUGCUGGCGAGCGUGGGGUUCCUGGAGUUCGCCAAUGCGGGUGACUUUGCUGCUAAUGUGUGGAACGAUGUCCCCGUCCCGUUAUACGCCAUUAUCUUCAUGGCGAUUGGAGGCCCUCUAGCACUGUUGAUCAGCGGGUUUGCUGUCCGCGACAGUGUGCUCAGCUGGCAGAACGUCCGGAUCCUCCAACGAGAGCGCACGUACCUCAAAUCCCUACAGGCCCAGCACCUCGAAUGUCCCGCACCGGAUGCCACCACACUCCGUUUCAUCGACCGCCGUCUGGGGGUCAGCCACCGCGAACUGGGCACCGAACUGGUCGAUCGCAUCGUCAUGGACGUGUUCCUCGGGAUCGGCGGCCUUCUGGUCGGCACGGGCACGAUUAUGGCCAUCUGGGGCUCCGACCGACACGUAUACUUCAUCAGCAACCUGCUCUCGGGGUACGUCGGCAACUCCUUCGCGGCCAUCUACGGCAUCAUCAAUGCCAUCUGGUCCGCCUAUCUGGUCUGGCGCUUUCACAGCUACGAACGCGCGUGCUCCCGGUCGGGGGCCAUGCUCGCCCCGUUCCGCGACCGACUUCAGCGUCGCUUCCAAUGCUUCAAGUGGCACGCCGUCGCGUCCGGGUGGACCGGCCUCAUCGCCGGUGGCGCCUCGAUGAUGACCUCCCGGCUCUGGGAGGGCUACGUUGUCCUCAUCCCGUGCAUGCUGUUGGAGGUUGCCUGCAACCGCUUCUGGCGCGGUCAACUCGGCUACGACCGUCCCAUCGUCGCCCCCGACUCUCCCCUCCACCGGGGCAUCUUAGUCCCCGAGUCUCCCUACAACCCAGCCAGCAACAGCAACAGCAACAGCAACAGCAGCAGUCCACAACUGGGCUACCCCAAGCCGACAAUCUCAGUUCCCGACCACAAGACCGAACGAGACCCCAACAUGAACCCCGACGAAGAGGAAAAAGAAGAAGACCGCCUACUCCUCGACGCCCUCUCUUCCGUAAUCAGCCUCCAGACCGCCCUUGUGCCCGUCCUCCCCUCCACCCUCGUCCUGGAAGACGUAGACUGGACCUCUCUCGACUCCCUCUUGCUCUUCAUAGUCAACAACCACCUGUUCGACUGCCUCUGCGACUGGCUCGCCACCAACCCUGCCGUCCCGAGGGAUUUCCGUCACCGCGUCUUCCGGCUAGCGACCAGCCCAUCCUUCUCGGAGAUCACCGUCACGUUGACCGAUCUCCGCCAUCUGAGCGACGUGGGAGAUCGACCCCGCAUGCUGGAAAUGUGUCAACUCUUCUUGCAGACCGAAGCCCGGCAGGUGAUGAUCGGUCGCGAACGGUAUCUCCUUGAAAUGGUGGGGUAUACGAUUUGGAAGAACGAUUGA